UUCCAUUAAUAAAUUUAAUAUUGUAUUUGGAAAAUACACAAAAAAUAUACAUAUAAAAUCGCAGCCUGGUCACCUUAAGUAAAAGUAUUCCGCACGCUUUCCAGCCACCAUAGACAACUCAAGACGAGAAAAUUGGAAAAAAUUGAAAUUUUAAAAAAUUAAAAUAUUUUAAGGAAAGGGAAGAAAGAUCGGAAGAAUUUUUAUAUAGUUGAAAAUGCCAAAAAGCAAAAAAGAGGAGAGUUCUGAGAGUGAUAGUGAUAGCGGACCGGAAGAUCGCCUGCCUCCACCGCCUAAAAAAAGCAAAGAAUCGAAUGCUAAUUCAAAAUCGAAAGGUGGCACAGAAACAAAGUGGAUUUUGGAAAAGCAGCGCCAUGUUACAAUAUCUGAGUUUCGAGGACGUAAACUGAUUGAUAUUCGUGAAUACUACGAAAAAAAUGGCGAAAGUCUGCCAGGCAAAAAAGGUAUAUCCUUAUCAAUAACGCAGUGGAAAAAACUUUUAGAAGUAGCUGAAGAAAUUAAUAAGUCGUUGGGUGAAUAAAUUUUGCAUUUUAUUAUAUUAAGCUUCUUAUUCAAAAUAAAGUAAAAAUUUUCAAA